ACUCGUCCCUUUCAGUCUUCUGUUUACAAGCCAAGCGUGACGUUUACGGACCCGCAAAAUACGUCUUCAGCCGCCGCUAACACGUUCUGGAAUCGUGGCUAAGCGUCCAAAAAUGCAAUCCCUGAGAGAAUUUCUCAACGACAAACUGACUGCAGUCGCGGAGGAGAUUUACGAAGCGGUUGAAAAAACUAUAAUCGAAUACAAAGAGGAGAUUUUCCGCUCGAAAGAACUAGAAAUCACUCACCUCAGGAUGCAACUGAAGCUUCUCACGUCAGACCCAGGCUGUACCACCGACAUGUGUCUCGAGGACCAUCUACUGCAGCCCCCCAGACCAGACCACCCUCCUCCCCCUGCUGCUGAGGAAUACCAUCAAUCAUCCCCUGCAGAGGCUGCUCCCCAGCACCAGUAUUGUGAGGAAGAUGGAGACAGCAGCGUGGAGCAGGAGCAUCCAGAAUCCUCGCAAAUCAAGGCAGAACCUCAGAAGACCCCUAAACAUUUCUGGAUCGAUCAGGACGGGGAGCCUCUGGAGGCAUUAGAGUCAGACAUCAAGCUAAUCUCCUCUCCCUCUGGUUUAAAGCCAAGUCUGCAGGAGCAAGCCCUGCACGUUCACCCGUUUCUCAACAUCUCUGAUGGUGAGGAGAGCAAAGGCAAACCCUACAGCUGCCCCGUUUGUAAAAAGCGCUUCAGCAACUGCUCCCACCUGUCAGCUCACAUCAGGACCCACACAGGCGAGAGACCAUACAGGUGUGAAAUAUGUAGGAAGAGGUUCAUCACCACAAGCGCUCUGAACAGACACCAGACUAUUCACACGGAGGGAAAACAGUUCAUCUGUACAUACUGCGGCAAGUCAUUCAAAUGGAUGGAGUCUCUGGGCAGGCAUAUAAGGAGCGCACACAAGGGGGAUAACACGGCUGUAUUAAACACUGCAGACUAGAGUUCAAAUACAAUAGUAAUUAUAUGAUAAUGGACGGUUACACUACACACCAAACAAUGAGUCAUGAAAAUGAUUGUAAAGCAUGAAUAGGCCCUCUGUAAGAGAUCAUCAAUUGUUGUGGCAAAAAACAUUAACCAAUGAAAUCUUAUUUUAAAUCAGCAUUUACUCUUAAAGAAUAAAUCAUUCAAUUCAUAAAACCCAAGAAUUUAUGAUUAUAUUUUUAGGCUGUAAACGUCUCAUUGUCAUCCUGUAGGUGGCAGUAGCACAUUUUCAUGAAAUGAUUAUCACUUUUUAGCAGUUUCAGAGUUGAUUAAAAAUAGUAUCAAACUAACUUUUGGGACCUCCAUACAUUCCAAAAACACACACAGUGCAAAGGUGGAAAGCCCUAUUGGGACUUUUUGAAAACAAAUUCAAGCAAAUUAAUCAUCAACAAACUGCAUGUUUGAGCUCACAUUAAACUUUAAAAUAAAAAUGUUGACCUACAUUGAUGUUUGUAAUUUAAAAUAUCAAAGUUUCUGUCAAUUGUGUAGAUUGUGAAGAAACCACAAAAGAUAUUUGCAGAAAAAUGAAUUGUUAUUAAAAAUACUUUGCUAAA